UCUUAUAUAUGUUCUUCUUGCUGAUAUACCAAGAACUCUCUCUCUCUCUCUCUCUCUCCCUUCUGCUCUCGGCUUCUUCGUCCUCAUCACCUGAAAUGGAGGAGGAUUUUCUGGGUUUUGUCCUCCUCUAAUCACAACCGAAAUCCCAACUUUCUCUUUCUCUGUUUCCUUCUUCUUAUUUUAAUAUAUAUACCCACAUAGUAUAUAAUAUAAUAUAUAUAAUCUCUUCAGUUUCAGAGAUCCCAAUCAGCACUCGUAAGAACAAGAACAAGGAAGAAAGAAAGAGAAAAGAGCAACUAGCAACUACAAAACAAAAAAAAAAUGUUUCUUCCCCACUAAAAAUCUGUCUUCUUCUUCUUCUUCUUUCGAUCUUCUCAGCUAGUCUCUUUCUCUUUGUUCAAAUGUCAAGUAUUACAGCUGGAGAUGUAGGUGGUGGUGGAGGAAGCUUUUCUUCCGGGAACAUUAAUGGCGGAUCAUCAUCACAAGAAGUAGUAGUACUUCAACAGCAGGAGCAGCAAGUACCAGUUGUAGUACUGAAUCAUCAUCAUCAUCAUCAUCAUCCUCAUCAUCUUAAUAGCUCAAGCUCUUUAGCUUCAAGUACCAGUAAUAGCAAUGGCUCCAUAACUCAACAACAGCAAAAACCUCCACCUCCUAAGAAAAAAAGAAAUCUACCAGGAACUCCAGCAGAUCCGUCUGCUGAGGUGAUUGCUUUAUCUCCAACAACUCUCAUGGCGACAAACAGAUUCGUCUGCGAAAUCUGCAACAAAGGGUUUCAGAGAGACCAAAACCUGCAACUACACCGGCGAGGGCAUAAUCUGCCGUGGAAGCUCCGGCAACGAACGAGCAGUGAAAUUCGGAAAAGGGUUUAUGUGUGCCCGGAGCCGUCGUGUGUCCACCACAACCCGGCUCGUGCGUUGGGCGAUCUCACCGGAAUCAAGAAGCAUUUUUGCAGGAAACACGGCGAGAAGAAGUGGAAAUGUGAUAAGUGCUCCAAGAAAUAUGCUGUUCACUCCGACUGGAAGGCUCAUUCCAAGACUUGUGGCACCAAGGAGUAUAAAUGUGAUUGUGGCACUAUCUUUUCCAGGAGAGACAGCUUUAUCACGCACCGAGCCUUCUGUGAUGCCCUAGCCGAAGAAAACAACAAAGUAAACCAAGGUUUAUUAAUGGCGGCCAACAACAACAUAGCACAAGCCGCAAACCAAGUCAUCCCUGAGUUAAAUCCCACUCAAUCUGCAAAAAUGGCUUCUGGGUUUAGCCAUCAAGAAACCAAGAAUAACAACGCAUUAACCAUGGCGAUGUUUUCGAGUAGCUCCACAAGCCUAUUUGGCAAUGCAAGAAGCCUAAUACCCACUUCGUCAUCUUCCUCAAAUUGCCUGCAACUAAACGGGAUUAACUCAUCAUCGAUCUUCGAAGGUAUCAACUGUAAUAACAACGGAGGGUUACGUGGGGAUCUGCAGUUAUCUGGUUCUGCCUCGAUGUCUGCCACGGCAUUGUUGCAGAAAGCAGCGCAAAUGGGUGCAACUUCUAGUGGUAAUACCACUGUAAUGAAUAGUAAUACUGGGAGCUGCAUGGACUCGCCAUUGAUGAUGCAGAAGAGCUUUGUGAUGACAACAAUGGCGGCUCCACCUUCCUUUGGCUGCACACAGAAUAAUCAUCAAUCCCAGACUUUAAUGGCGAUGAACCAGACGUUCAACAGUAAUAGCAACAACAUGGGGAUGUUCAACGGAGUUUUUGACGACCAAAACGACAACAAAAGUAGCGUUUUGUCGAGGUUUAGUAGUGGAGAUGGGAUGACUCUUGAUUUCUUGGGGAUUGGCGGGUCAAGAAACAGCGGUAGGAUCAAUAAUAGUAGUGAUAAUAAUAAUAAUAAUAUUCUGCAUGAUCAUCAAGAACAUCAAGAAUUGAUAAUUGAGUUUGGAUCAGGAGGAAUCAAUGGCGGUCAUCAUCAUCAUCAUCAUGAGACAAGAAUUCAAAGUUUGAACCCUUUUCAACAGCAUGCAGCUGCAUCAAUGGAGAAACCCAUGUGGGAGGUAUAAAAAAACACCUUCUCUUCUCUCUGCAGCAUCAAUGGAGAAACCCUAGCAAGCUCUAGCCUCUUCAGCUACCUACUGGUUAAUUAAUUUUUGUUCCCUUUCUCCUCUGCAGGUUCUAGCUAGUCCUUGCGUAAUAUAUGAAUUCGUUAAUUAGUUACCUUUUCUUUUCUUUCUUUCUUCAAAAAAAUGUUUAUAUAUAUAUAUAUGUUAUAAGCAGCACCGUGGAAGUAAGAACAUGUAAGUUUACUGUGUCCUGCUAAAGAGCAAGGCUUCGAGAAAUUUUAGCCAGGAUUUAGAAAUUUAUUAUAUUAUAACAGA